AUGGAGCUUCUCAAACAGCCUCCUGAAGGUGCAAGGAUGGUGCAAAACCUCACGGAAGAGCUUCAGCUGUUAAGAAUAACUAACGAUCAAUUACAGAAAGAAAAUGCAGAACUAGAGCAUCAGGUGGAGGAUUGUAAUCCCCACACAGACACCUAUACAAGCAAAGGUCCUGGAGCCGCUGUUCCACUGCAACGGGACGUCGUAGGAGGGAUUCUGCAUCCAGCCCAUUAUCAAGACUCACUCAGAAAUCAAGAGAAUAUUCCAUUACUAAUUUGCCUUCCACGGAUUAGUAACAUCAUUGUUCAAGUGGAUGAUGAAGAGGAUGAUGAAGAGGAUGAAGAAAUGGACUAUGUUUCUACCUGGGUGCCUAAGACUGCUGCUGAUAUUGAAGAGGCAAGAGCAAUAAAGGAGAUCUGCUAUAUAUCUGGACAGUAUUAUGGGAUUCAGAGCCCUAACGAACACCAAUCAACACAUACUGUGAAAUCACCUUGGCAAGCUGAGCUACUACCCUUGGAAGCUACUGAACAAAACUUUCAGAAUGGUACUAGUAACACAAUUCCUACAAAAUUUAGUAAUACCAGAAAAGAAAAAGAGAGUUCAGAAAGGACAGUAGUGAUAGAGAGUACUCCCAGAACGGAUCGUACAUCCUUUGUCAAUGGAGGAGGUGGUUGUACUGUGAGACAGAGGAACACAUUGGUUGAGAACAGAUGUGAAGCAUCACCUUGGGAAAAAGAACCAAUUAGAUCAAAAUAUUCCAAUGUGAAAGAGACAAACCACACUGAGCUGGUAAAGAACCGUCACUGUAAAGAAGUAAAGAAAAAUAAAUGGAUUUCUAAGGAACCAAGAAAUUUACCUAAUACAGGAACUGACAAAGGCAAAUAUACUUCAGAAUCUUUUAAUGCACAAACUUGGAGGAGAAGAAAUCCAGAAGCAAAAUCAUCAUCUAAGUUUUAA